GUGGUCAUUGCAAAUGGAUGCAAGUGGCGGCACAUUCAACUUCAAUUACGAUGUCAACGGCGACCGCAUCAACAGUUGUAAUAGCAGCAGCUGUUAUUACAGUAGGAAGCCUAGUAGGACUAUGGUUAACACCAUCUGAUUACAAUGAUGAAGGUACAAAAGUAACUGGUUUGGAAGGCGUUGAUCCGACAACGCCUAUCAGUGAUUUGCAAAAGCGUGUUGAAGUCGCUGUAAAAAGUGAGUGUCAGAAAUACAGGAAAGAAAAUGAAGCGACAAAUGACCUUCAGAUAAAUCAAAAGGGAGAAGUUGAACAAGUGCUGACAGCCGAACUGUUAAAUGCAGUAGUUGAAGAUAAAGUUACGCAGGUAUUUGGUAAAUAUAUUGCAGACCUACAGGAAAAAAUAGACAAUAUUGAAGGAAAACUAGAUCUACAGAAGAAUGAAGAUGUACAGAAAUCCGAAACAGCUCCUGAACACUCUGAAAAUAACUAUUUGGAAAGACUGCAGAAACUUGAGGGAUAUAUACAGAAGAAGGACCCAAACCCCAGUGCGAAAUAUGUUGAACGCAUAUAUGCGUUUUUAUCACCAUCUGCUUUCAAAAUCAAGGAACUAUUUCGUUUUGUUACUGAACAGGCUUAUUCAAGUUUUCCAAAUAACACAAAUGUAACUAUUAAGGAUUACUCUGGACAAAAUAUGUGGGCUGGACAAUUGGUAGACAUAAUAAAAAAAUAUGGUGCAGUAUUCGUAUUCGUGCCUUGCUGUUGUUACUGCAUUUACAAAUGUAUUCGCAGAUGUUGUGAUAACCCUCAUGAUGAUAACUCUACAACACUUGCAGACAUAGAGAUAUAUAAAAAGCUAGAAAACUCGUUGUGUGUCAUCAGUUUUUCUAAGGAGUAUGUUGCCAGUUACCACCUGGCACUUGCAAGGUCAUUGACAGAAUACAUGUAUCAAGGAAAACAUGGUGAACUUAGUCACAUCAAGAAAGUAACCAUCACCAAACCAGAUAAUCUCAACAGCGUCCCUCCCUCAAAAGUCUUCAUUGUAUGUGUUGACUACAAUGAAGGGAACGACAUACUGGAGCCUGACUCUCCCAACAAAAAAGGUCUACGGAUUAGACGAGAGACUGUACGCAGCCUAAUGGACAGAUUAGCUCUUGUAAUUUUGGUGUAUUUCCUGGAAAAGUCCUCCGAAAACUUAGGUGUUGGUGAUCGGUAUGCAUAUAAACUGCAUAGUAAAAUAGUUGCCGUGGAAGAGGCAAAAAAAUUAGAUGAAAAGAAUUGUAUUUUUAGUGUGUACAAGAAACUGACCACAUAUCAGUUAGGCGCUUUAAAGCAGACUGUUGGCGAGUAUUUAAAGAUGGUAGAGGAAAUUGUUAGCUGAUUAUGUAUUAUUAACACCAAAUGUGUUCAAUAGACCCGUCUCCAGCCUAAGUUGGUAUGAUCAGGACAUGAACUAAAAGUUUUCAAAUUUUAACCUUUCUUUAUUGAUACUUGUAGUGCUUCAUUAGGGUUUUUUGGCCUAAUUUUGUCAACCAAAGUUAAAGUUCCCUAAAGUUAUCCACAAGACACAAAUGUCACAACUUUUUAGUUCUGGAACAAAGCUCAGACUUGUCAUUUUUUUUUACAUAUUAAAUGCUAAAUAUUAUUGAAAAUACCCCAGUAAAACAAUGUUUUGAACAUUAAGAAUAGAAAAAAAACCUUUUUUCAGUUGUUACAAUGGCCCUGCCACUUAAGCUGAAGACAAGUUUAGGUAAUUAGUCAUAUUGUGUUUUUAUAUAAAAAUUUUAUACCAUGUAAAUUACGUUUUAAGUAAAUAUUUCAAAAACAAAUAGAUCCUUAAAAAACAUAUCAUGUAAUACUGCCAGGUAAGAAUUUUUUGCCACAUCUCCAACAAUUAUACUCAUAUUCAUAUGUUUGGAGGUUGUAUACUCACUUGAAACAAUAAUUUUCUUUUUAAAUAACCUGGCACUAUAAUCACACUCAUAAUGACAAAUUCUUUUGUCUGUCAACAUUUUGAUCAUAAAUAUUUUAAUCAAUUAUUCAUUUUGUGAAACUUUCGUAUCCAAAUCUUUUAUAUUCAUAUAACCGUUACAAUAGUCUCUUUAAUUUAUAAUUCAUUCGUUUAUCAUUCAUGUCUUAACCCUGCAUUUAAUUCCGUUAUUUCAUUAUUUUGUAAAAGUUAAAAUCAUUCUGAGAUAGUGUGAAAAUUUUUAACGUUUAAAUCACAGCAAUAUAAACAAAAUAUUUGCUGGAGAGAGGGCUGAUUUUUGCUUGUAGUUGAACCUAGUCUGAAAAAGUUUGAUUUUAUUGCUCAGGUGAGUGAUGUAGCCUAUGAGCCACUUAAGGCGGUACACAAAGACUAGAAAUUGUUACGAUUAAUUUUAAAUGUCAACGACAUAGAUGCAUUGAAACAUUCAAGCUCUAUGUCAUUUUAAGGUAUACAUGCUAUACUGAUAAUAAACUGUUAAUUUCACGGGGGGGGGGGGGGGGUUGGCAUAAUAAAAUUUUUGGUAGUUAACGUUAGGUCCAAUUUGUCCAGGUUUUAAUAGCAUUUUUUAAACUGCUUUUAAAAUUGUUUUAUGCAUUUAAAUGUGUCUUGUUCGAAGUUCCAACAUCUUUUUAUUACUUUGAAUUGUCCGCUUCAUUAUUAAAGUUAUUCCCUUUCACAGAGUUUAUUUAGUAACUCUUAAGUAGGUUCACAGUUGCUAGAAAUUGGUUCGAAUUUUGAUAAUUUUCAACGUUUGGGGAAAUAUAAUAAACUAUGUAUCAUUUUUGUCCCCCGCCGCAACGCGGAGCGGGGACAUAGAAAUGCCGGGCGUCCGUCCGUCCGUGUGUCCGUGGGUCUGUGCAUCCGUGUGUCCGUGCGUCCGUCCGUCACACUUUUUUCUAAGCGUUCUCAUGCCUACAAAUUUUGACGGAUUUUCAUUAAAUUUAUACCAAAUGUUUAUACCACUAUUACCUUGGUCAAGUUCGAAAAUCAGCAUUGGUCGAUACUUCUUGUUGGAGUUAUGGGACUUUGACCGCAAUAAUGACUCCGUUUUAUCCAAAAAUUGACCUUGUAAACGCUCUCAUGCCUACAAAUUUUGACGGAUUUUCAUUAAAUUUAUACCAAAUGUUUAUAUCACUAUUACCUUGGUCAAGUUCGAAAAUCAGCAUUAGUCGAUACUUUUUGUUGGCGUUAUGGGACUUUGACCACAAUCAUGACUUCGUUUUAUUCAAAAACUGACCUUGUUAGAGCUCUCAUGCCUACAAAUUUUGACGGAUUUUCAUUAAAUCUAUACCAAAUAUUUAUACCACUAUUACCUUGGUCAAGUUUGAAAAUCAGCGUUAGUCGAUACUUUUUAUUUGCGUUAUUGGACUUUGACCACAAUAAUGACUCCGUUUUAUCCAAAAAUUGACCUUGUAAGCGCUCUCAUGCCUACAAAUUUAGACAGAUUUUCAUUAAAUUUAUACCAAAUGUUUACACCACUAAUAACUUGGUCAAGUUCCUAAAUCAGCCUUGGUCGAUAGACUCGAUACUAGUAUACUGCUUGACCGGCGGGGGACCCUGGAAUUCUAUUCUUGUUAGGAAUACAUUUUCAUGAUAUUCUGUAUUGAAACAGAAAUUAUUUUUAUUCUUAAAUUUUUUUUUGGCAUUAAAAAUUGUUGCUUAUAUAAACGUCGUAACAAUCAAUUAGGUGCAUUGACUCUGACAAUGGAGUCACAGUUUGGUUUUCUUAAUCAGGUGUGUAUGUGAUCAAUGUGAUUUGGGUACUAUAUUAGACUUUGUAAUAUAUUUAUUUCAUUCACUGAAUUGUGUAUGUUUUUUUUUAGAUCCACAUUACUUUUAUGUGUUAAAACUUUUUUCUUAAGUGUUUUAAUUUGCGAGCUUGUAAAGCUUUGGAGAGUAUUUUGUUUAAUCUGCUUUUUUGAUAGUUUUAUGCAUUUUUGUGUGUUGAAACAACAGUUACAACUUUUUGUGAAAUAAUGUUACUCAAUUUGAGUAGUCUAUUUCAUUAUUAAAGUUUAUCCCUUUUACAUGUUUUUUUAGUAACUCUCAUUGUUAUCUCUUUCAAAAUUAGAUUCUCUAGGGCAAAGUAUCUUAUACAGAACUUGAUUGUCUACUUUCAUUACAAAUCCGAUGUUAAUCAAUUUAUUGACACCAUUUAAACUACAUGUACACAGUUGCAAUAUUAGCUAUAGAUAUGAUAUAUUUGUUUUUGCAAACAAGAUUACAGAUCUUGAAGCAAAUUAAAAAGAUGUUCAAUCAAAGAGAACCCUGUUUGUAUUUCAGAGAUUAAUAUCUAGGUACUCGUAUAUAUCAUCGACAGUACCCACCUUAUUUUGUUAAUUGUAAGGUUUUUCUCUCGUUAAUGUUUUUAAAACCUUUUUUUAUACAUGUACUGUAUUAAAGUAUUUAUCAUAGACAAUCUCUAGAUUAUUUUGUUAUUUGUACGGUUUUGUCUCUCUUUAAUACAAGUAUUAAAAUUGAAACUAUAAUAUUAUGCCCCAUUUACGUAAUUACCGUCUUCCUUGGAAGACGGUAUAAAGAGUUGAAAUAAUUUUCAGU